AUGACGCGCGACCUUCUGCCCACUCGCAAAGUCGGCGAAGACUCGGUGGUGGCCAUCGGCCUCGGCCUGAUCAGCUUGUCGGGCGGUUACGGCCCCGUCGGGGACGACGAGGCGCGGCUCAAGUUCUUGGACGACGCUUACGAGCGCGGCGCUCGCAACUGGGACACCGCGGACAGGUACGGCGACUCGGAAGAGCUCCUGGGCAAAUGGUUCAGACGCACCGGCAAGCGCGCCGACAUCUUCCUCGCGACCAAGUUCGGCACCGCGCACGGCGUUCCCGGGCGCCACGUCCGCGCCGACCCCGAGUACGUGAAGGAAGCGCUGGACAAGAGCCUGCAGCGCCUGGGCGUCGACCACGUCGACCUGUAUUAUCUCCACCGCGCGGACCCGUCCGUGCCGAUCGAGCUCACCGUGCGCGCCAUGGCCGAGCUCGUGAAGGAGGGCAAGGUCAGGCACCUCGGCUUGUCGGAGAUAUCGAGUAACUCCGCGUUCGAGAUCGGGAUCGAGAGCCGGGAGCUGGGGGUGUUGGCCGCGGCGCGCGAGGUAGGGGCGACGGUGUUCGCGUACUCGCCGCUCGGGCGCGGGAUGUUGACUGGCAAAUACAGAAGCCCUGACGACUUUGCUGAGGGUGACGUGCGCCGAUAUCUGCCCCGGUACACGAAGGAGAACUUUCCUAGCAUUCUGAAGAUCUGCGACGGAAUCCGGGAAGUCGCCCAGCGAUGCGGCGCGACCCCCGGCCAGGUCGCGCUGGCUUGGCUACUCGCGCAGGGCGACGACAUCGUUCCGAUACCUGGGACGAGAAGGAUCGAGAACUUGGAGGAGAAUCUCGGGGCAUUGUCUGUCAAGUUGUCGCCGGAGGACGUGCAGCAAGUCCGCGAACUCGCAGCCCGCUCCGAGUUGGCAUCGGUGAACCGCUAUCCGGAGGCUUCCAUGCAGGUCGUGUACGCGGACACGCCGGAGCUGGAGGAGUAG